AUGAUCGAAUGCGACAACUUUGAUCUCGAAAACGGCUUUUACCUGAAUCUUAUGCAUUCACUGUCAGUCAUCGCGCUUCUUAUCAAUUUGUUCGCCAUAUAUUGUAUUGUCUGCAAAUCAACGAAGCAAAUGGGUACAUACAAAUGGUACCUGUUUGCAUAUCAAAUAGCAUCUACUGCAUUCGACCUCGUUUACACGGGUCUUACCCUACCUGUCAUCUUCUUUCCAAUACCAAUGGGUUACCCAGGCGCAUGGAUUGCACAGUGGUUAUCCAUCAGUUCUCAUGCCGCAGUCAUCUCAGUGAUUUUAACGUGUUCUCUACUUGUUGCCACUAUUCUCAACCUCUUCAAUUAUCGGUGCCACUUGGUCACUCCAAACUAUCACUUUUUGAAGAUCAACGCAAAAGUAUUCAUCCUGAGCAAAGUGAAACGCAUUGUUAUGACUGUCGUAGCACUAGCGAUUUUAGCGCUUGUGCUUUGCGUGGUAAGUAAUGCUGCUAUUGCCUUGUUGAGAACCUUACUUUCUCGUUGA